AUGGCAUCAACCGGCGUUUCCAUACCCAUGCCCAUGCCAGUCGCAACAAAUGGUACCCUCGAGCCGACCUGGCAUGGGUACAUUGGCAACACACAAGAUGCAGCCAUCCUUCUCGAAGCUUGCUUUACAGGAACCCUCAACCAUCUUGCCCGUCGCCCUCAUGAUAAGGAAAGACCUGAACUCAUCAAGAGCGGAAAUAUUUUCAUACACGAAGCAAACUCAUCCGGGGUAAAACGAUGGACUGAUGGUAUAACAUGGAGUCCAAGUCGUAUGGUAGGAAACUUUCUUGUCUAUCGAGAAUUGAAUAAACCAUUUGCGCCAGGAGAGAAGAAGAGAGCCACGGCGAAAGACAAGAGAGUGGGCAUUCAAAAGAAACGCGGUGCUCCUGGAGUAAACACAAGUCGCGUUUUCUCUUCUAUGCAUGGAGCACUAAACAAAGAGAUGGAACGAUCACUGGUCGGUUCGCUAGUUGAUUCGUACGACUUCAAGGAGGAUGAUGUUUGUCUUAUCAAGAAGACAAUCACCAUAAGUGUAGGAGACCUUACUCACCACAUUGUAUCUUAUUACACGAUCGACGAUGUCGUCUCCGGUAGACUUUCAACUCCACGAGCUGAACCUCGAUUCCAGCACCUCAAGCCACGUAGGGAUAUUGUCCUUAGCAAAAGCUACAAGCACCCUCUUGAUGAUCCCAACGUUCUGAGCGAAGACGACGACGUACGUGAAAAUCACUCAGCAUUUCAUAAUAAUUCGGGUCGGGGCGACUAUUAUUUACCAAAACCGAAAUGCGCCGAGACUACCCGCACCAUCCUCUCACGGAAUGCCCUAUCAAUCUAA